ACCAUCCACUCAUGCAACCACAAGCACAGGGACGCAUUGGCACCGCGAAGGGGAGGAAAAAAAACGGCUUUUACUUUUUUGUCAUUUUUCUUUUUUGUUUUUGGCCCGGAAUGAGCUGAGCGGAGCCCGGCGGCUGCAGAGCUCCUGUACGUGCGGACGGUUCAGGUGGCAUGGUGUGGUGAAAUCCAGACCCCUGGAAGCACACACACACACAUACACACACAUACAGAGAGACAGCGGCUCCACUGUGCAUCAUGUUUGAAUGCUGAUAAUCAAUUAGAAAUAUACAUGACUGUGCUGCUGCAUCGCCUGUAGCCUGGAGGCUGGAGCAGGUCUCUUUUGUGAAUUGGAGAAGCCCGUGUGAAGCGCCCACUCUGCGGGGCUCAGGGUGCAACUGAACGGACAAUCGCACCCCGGACCACUGGAGGGGUUCGGAUGAGGUGGUUGCUUGGGUUGCUUGGUCACAGAAAUCCGGCUAACUUUUCCUCUAUUCCUUUCUAACAGCAGUGCCAUCGGGCAUUGCUCAGGAGAUGGCGAUGAGGUGGUUCUAUUUGGGAUUUAUACUCUUGUCGGGGAUCGUGCCUCCUAACGGUGCAACCGUAGCUCCCAAAACUGAAGAGCAGCCCAAAACCUGCAGCUCUAAGCAGUUUGUAUGUAAAGACCAGGUGACCUGUAUCUCCAAAGGCUGGCACUGUGACGGGGAGAAGGACUGUCCAGAUGGCUCAGACGAAUCACCAGAUAUCUGCUCACACAACCGGGUCAACCAGUGUCCUGUCAACGAACAUGGCUGCCUGGACCCGGAUGUUUGCAUCCAUAUGAGCAAGUUGUGUGACGGGGUCCCUGACUGCUCCGAUGGCUGGGAUGAGGGGCCUCACUGCCGAGAACAAGCACCAGCCUGUGCCUCCCAUGGGUGCCAGUUUCACUGUGCUGUGACUCAUGAUGGGCCUAAGUGCUACUGUGGCAAUGGCUACAAGGUUGCUCCAGAUGGAAAGACGUGUAAAGAUUUUAAUGAGUGCAGUGUAUACGGCACCUGCAGUCAGACGUGCACAAACACUGAGGGCUCCUACACCUGCAGCUGUGUGGAGGGCUACCUGCUGCAGCCAGACAACCGCUCCUGCAAAGCCAAAAACGUGCCCGUGGAUCGUCUUCCCAUGCUGUUAAUCGCUAACCUUCAUGACAUUCGCUGCACUUCCCUGAGUGGCUCCAUGUCCAGACUGCCCUCCAUCACCACCAAACAGACUAUGGCUAUGGAUUUCAUCUAUGCUGAGGAGACGGUGUGCUGGAUAGAUGUGGGUGACACUCCCGCUGCCACCCAGCUGAAGUGUGCCAGCAUCCCUGAUCUCAAAACGGUCACCAACAUCCGCACCAUUAACAUCUCCCUCAGCCUCCACCAUGUUGAGCAGAUGGCUAUUGACUGGCUGACCGGAAACUUCUACUUUGUGGACGAUGUGGACGACCGGGUGUUUGUCUGCAACAAAAACGGCCAGACAUGUGUGACACUGCUGGACCAAGAGCUGUACAACCCCAAAGUCAUUGCCCUGGACCCAGCCAUGGGCAAAGUGUUCUUCACCGACUACGGGUCCACUCCGAGGGUGGAGCGCUGUGACAUGGACGGCCAAAACCGCACCAAGCUGGUGGACAGUAAGAUCGUGUUCCCUCAUGGCAUCACCCUGGACCUGGUCAACCGGUUGGUGUACUGGGCUGAUGCUUACUUGGACUACAUCGAAGUGGUCGACUAUGAGGGCAAGAACCGACACACCAUCAUUCAGGGUCUGCUGAUUGAACACCUGUACGGGUUGACUGUCUUUGAGAACUACUUGUAUGCCACCAACUCAGACGAAGGCAACCUCAACCCUAAGACCAGCGUCAUCCGGGUGAACCGCUUCAACCGCUCCGACUUCCAUGUGGUGACACGGGUGGACCGGGGCGCUGCACUGCACGUAUACCACCAGAGACGGCAACCUCAAGUGCGGAGCCACGCAUGUGCCCUGGAUCAGUUUGGGAAAGCUGGAGGAUGCUCCGACAUCUGUCUGCUGAGCAACAGCCACAAGACCCGAACCUGCCGCUGCCGAUCUGGGUUCAGCUUGGGCAGCGACGGCAAGUCCUGCAAGAAACCAGACCACGAGUUGUUCUUGGUGUACGGUAAGGGUCGUCCUGGCAUCAUACGGGGCAUGGACAUGAAUGCUAAGGUGCCUGAUGAGUACAUGAUUCCUAUUGAGAACCUCAUGAACCCCAGAGCUCUGGAUUUUCACGCCGCCAGUGAAUUCAUCUACUUUGCCGAUGCUACCAGCUACAUCAUCGGCCGACAGAAAAUUGAUGGCACAGAGAGAGACACUAUACUUAAGGAAGGUAUACACACAGUGGAAGGGAUAGCGGUAGACUGGAUGGGAGGUAAUCUCUACUGGACAGAUGAUGGACCGAAGAAGACUAUAAGCGUCGCCAGGUUGGAGAAGGCUUCACAGACGCGCAAGACUCUUAUUGAGGGCAAGAUGAGCCACCCCCGAGCCAUUGUGGUGGACCCUCAGCAUGGAUGGAUGUACUGGACUGACUGGGAGGAGGACCCCACCGAGAGCAACAGAGGGAAGAUAAAGAAAGCAUGGAUGGAUGGUUCUCAUCACCAGGUGUUUCUGACCAGCAAGACGGUGCUGUGGCCCAACGGCCUGAGUCUGGACAUUCCCCAGGGCAUCUUGUACUGGGUAGACGCUUACUAUGACCGAAUAGAGAUGGUCUUCCUCAACACUACUGAACGGAGGGUGGUGUACGAGGGCCAGGAGCUUAACCACGCCUUUGGCUUAUGUCAUUACAAACAUUUCCUCUUCUGGAAUGAGUACCGUGGCGGCAGCAUCUACAAACUGGACCAGGCCACAAAGACGGUCACUUUACUCCGCAACGAGAGACCCCCUAUCUUUGAGAUCAGAGUGUACGACGCACACCAGCAACAAGGGUCCAAUGCAUGUCGAGUUAACAACGGCGGCUGCAGCAGUCUGUGCCUCGCCAUCCCUAAUGGCAGGUCCUGUGGCUGUGCUGAGGAUCAAAUCCUGGAUGUGGAUAAUGUCACCUGCAAAGCCAACCCCUCCUACGUGCCCCCUCCCCAAUGCCAGCCUGGGGAGUUUGCCUGCAAGAACAACCGCUGCAUCCAAGAGCGCUGGAAGUGCGACGGGGACAAUGAUUGUCUGGACAACAGCGACGAGGCCCCUGAGCUCUGCCACCAACACACCUGCCCUGCUGACCGGUUCAAGUGCCAGAACAACCGCUGUAUCCCCCUGCGCUGGCUCUGUGAUGGAGACAAUGACUGUGGCAAUGAUGAAGAUGAGUCUAAUACCACCUGCUCUGCUCGCACAUGCCCACCCAACCAGUACCCCUGUGCCAGUGGGCGCUGCAUCCCUAUCUCCUGGACAUGUGACCUGGAUGACGACUGUGGAGACAGGUCGGAUGAGCCCGACUCAUGCGCCUACCCAACCUGCUUCCCUCUGACCCAGUUCACUUGUGCCAAUGGCCGCUGCAUUAACAUCAACUGGCGCUGUGACAACGACAACGACUGCGGGGAUAACAGUGAUGAGGCGGGAUGCAGCCAUUCCUGCUCCAGCGUCCAGUUUAAAUGCAACAGCGGCCGUUGCAUCCCAGAAUACUGGACAUGUGACGGCGACAAUGACUGUGGGGACUACAGCGAUGAGACUCACGCCAACUGUACCAACCAGGCCACUCGACCUCCAGGCGGCUGUCAUGUAGAUGAAUUCCAGUGUCGCAUGGAUGGUCUGUGCAUUCCCAUGCGUUGGCGCUGUGAUGGAGACACCGACUGCAUGGACCUGAGCGAUGAGAACAGCUGUGAUGGUGUUACACACAUGUGUGAUCCUGCAGUGAAAUUCAGCUGCAGGGACUCGGCUCGCUGCAUCAGCAGAGCCUGGGUGUGUGAUGGGGACAGUGACUGUGAGGACAAUUCAGAUGAGGACAACUGUGAGGCGUUGGUGUGCAAGUUGUCUCACCACAUGUGUGCUACCAAUGACUCCAUCUGUCUUCCUGCCGAAAAGCUGUGCGAUGGCACAGACGAUUGUCCGGAUGGUUCGGACGAGAAGCUCUGUGACCUGUGUUCACUGGACAACGGUGGCUGUAGUCACAACUGCAGUAUCAUUCCUGGGGAGGGCUUCAUGUGUUCUUGCCCUCUGGGGAUGGAGCUAGGAGCUGACAACAAGACCUGCCAGAUCCAGAGCUUUUGCGCCAAGCAUCUCAAGUGUAGCCAAAAGUGUGAGCAGGAGAAAUCCAGCGUCAAGUGCUCUUGCUAUGAGGGCUGGGAACUAGAGGCUGACAUGGAGAGCUGCAAAAGCACUGAUACCUUCAAACCCUUCAUCAUCUUUUCCAACCGCCAUGAAAUUAGACGGAUUGAACUUCACAAGGGGGAAUUCAGUGUUCUGGUUCCAGGCCUAAGGAACACCAUCGCCUUGGACUUCCACCUUCUCCAGAACACCCUGUAUUGGACUGACGUAGUCGAGGACAAGAUAUAUAGAGGAAAACUGUCUGAAAAUGGAGCUCUGACUAGUUUUGAGGUGGUGAUCCAGUAUGGACUAGCUACUCCAGAGGGUCUGGCUGUAGACUGGAUUGCAGGAAACAUCUACUGGGUGGAGAGUAAUCUGGAUCAGAUUGAAGUUGCUAAACUGGACGGGACCAUGAGAACCACCCUGCUGGCUGGGGAAGUGGAGCACCCCAGGGCCAUCGCUUUGGACCCUCGAGAUGGUAUUCUGUUCUGGACGGACUGGGAUGCCAGUCUGCCGAGGAUCGAGGCGGCUUCAAUGAGCGGUGAAGGCAGACGGACUAUCCACAGGGAGACGGGCAGCGGCGGGUGGCCCAAUGGACUCACCGUAGACUACAUGGAGAGACGCAUUGUGUGGAUUGAUGCCAGGUCAGAUGCUAUCUACUCUGCUAUGUAUGACGGUUCAGGGCUGAUUGAAGUGUUGCGGGGUCAUGAGUACUUGUCCCACCCCUUCGCUGUGACAAUGUACGGAGGCGAGGUGUACUGGACCGACUGGAGGACUAACACACUUGCCAAAGCAAACAAAUGGACGGGACACAACGUCACCGUAGUCCAACGCACCAACACGCAGCCUUUUGACUUGCAGGUUUAUCACCCGUCUAGACAACCCCAAGCUCCAAACCCGUGUGCCACUGGAGACGGUAAAGGCCCCUGCUCCCACCUGUGUCUCAUCAACUUUAACCAGACUUUCUCUUGUGCUUGCCCACACCUCAUGAAGCUCCAGCCUGACAAACGCACCUGCAAAGAGUCUCGGAAGUUCCUCCUUUACGCUCGACAGAUUGAGAUCAGGGGCGUGGACAUCGACAACCCCUACUACAACUACAUUAUCUCCUUUACCGUCCCCGAUAUCGACAAUGUGACAGUGGUGGAUUAUGAUGCUGUGGAGCAUCGCAUUUACUGGUCAGACGUCCGAACGCAGACCAUCAGGAGGGCUUUCAUCAACGGCACAGGAGUGGAGACUGUUGUAUCAGCUGAUCUUCCAAAUGCUCAUGGGCUGGCCAUAGACUGGGUGUCCAGGAACCUGUUCUGGACCAGCUAUGAUGCUAAUAAGAAGCAGAUCAAUGUAGCCAGACUGGAUGGAUCUUUCAAAAAUGCUGUCAUCCAGGGUCUGGACAAGCCCCACUGUCUGGUAGUGCACCCUCUACUGGGGAAGUUGUACUGGACUGAUGGUGACAACAUAAGCAUGGCUAACAUGGACGGUACCAACCACACAACACUCUUCACUAGCCAAAAAGGACCAGUGGGUCUUUCAAUUGAUUAUGAAAAUGAGCAGCUGUACUGGAUUAGCUCAGGAAACGGCACCAUCAACCGCUGUAAAUUGGACGGAUCCAAACUGGAGAUCAUGGAGGGAAUUAAAGGCAAACUCACUAAAGCGACUGCCCUGGCUAUUAUGGGAGAUAAGCUGUGGUGGGCAGACCAAGGAACUGAUCAAAUAGGAACAUGUGACAAGAAGGAUGGAGGAAACUGGAAGGUUUUGCGAAACAACACCUCCCCUAUGAUGCACAUGAAGAUAUAUGAUGAAGAUGUGCAAAAAGCUGGUAUCAACCUCUGCAGUAACAACAAUGGAGACUGCUCCCAGCUAUGUCUUCCCACCUCUCCAACUACCAGGGCCUGCAUGUGUACCGCUGGAUACAGCCUCAAGACUGGACAGCAGUCCUGUGAAGGCAUGGGCUCCUUCCUGCUUUACUCGGUUCAUGAGGGAAUCAGAGGAAUUCCACUGGACCCUGCAGACAAGUCUGACGCUUUGGUGCCAGUGUCUGGUACCUCUCUGGCUGUCGGCAUCGACUUUCAUGCUGAAAAUGACACCAUCUACUGGGUUGACAUGGGCCUGAGCACCAUCAGCAGAGCUAAGAGAGAUCAGACAUGGAGGGAGGACGUGGUCACCAACGGCAUCGGCAGGGUGGAGGGCAUCACUGUCGACUGGAUUGCAGGAAAUAUUUACUGGACUGACCAGGGCUUUGAUGUGAUCGAGGUGGCCAGACUGAACGGCUCCUUCCGCUAUGUGGUCAUUUCACAAGGCCUUGACAAACCCAGAGCCAUCACGGUACACCCAGUGAAAGGGUAUCUGUUCUGGACUGAGUGGGGUCAGUAUCCUCGUAUUGAGCGCUCACGGUUGGAUGGCUCACAGAGGUUGGUCAUGGUCAAUGUGAGCAUCAGCUGGCCCAAUGGGAUCUCCAUCGACUAUGAGGAGAGUCUGCUGUACUGGUGUGAUGCCAGGACUGAUAAGAUUGAGCGCAUCAACCUGGAGACUGGAGAGAACAGGGAGCUGGUGCUGGCUAACAACAACAUGGACAUGUUCGCUGUGUCAGUAUUUGAGGAGUACAUCUACUGGAGUGAUAGGACUCAUGCAAAUGGAUCCAUUAAGAGAGGCAGUAAAGACAAUGCUACAGAUGCAGUUCAGCUGAGGACUGGCAUCGGUGUGCAACUGAAAGACAUUAAGGUUUUCAACAGAGCCCGGCAGCAAGGUACUAACGUCUGCAAAGACAACAAUGGCGGCUGUGAACAGCUGUGUCUUUACCGUGGCAACAGCGACCGCACCUGCGCCUGUGCUCAUGGCAUGCUCGCCGAGGACAACCGCAGCUGCCGCGACUAUGACGGUUACCUGCUGUACUCAGAGCGUACCAUCCUUAAGAGCAUCCACCUUUCUGAUGAGACGAACCUAAACGCACCCAUCAAACCCUUCGAGGACCCCGACCACAUGAAGAAUGUCAUCGCCCUCAGCUUCGACUACCACGGUGGCGGAGGGAAGGGAGCCAACCGCAUCUUCUUCAGCGAUAUCCACUUUGGUAACAUCCAGCAGAUCAACGACGAUGGAACGGAUCGCAAGAUUGUUGUGGACAAUGUCGGGUCAGUUGAGGGUCUGGCAUAUCACCGUGGUUGGGAUACGCUCUACUGGACCAGUUACACAACAUCCACCAUCACUCGCCACACUGUGGACCAGAGCCGCUCUGUGGCCUAUAACCGCAACACUGUGGUCACUAUGUCUGGAGAAGACCACCCCAGAGCCUUUGUACUGGACGAGUGUCAGGAUCUCAUGUUCUGGACCAACUGGAACGAACAGGCUCCCAGUAUAAUGCGGGCGUCUCUGACCGGAGCCAACGUGCUUGUAAUCAUCGGCAGUGACAUUAAAACUCCAAAUGGCCUGGCAAUAGAUCACCGUGCUGAGAAACUCUACUUUUCUGAUGCCACACUGGACAAGAUUGAGCGCUGUGAAUAUGAUGGAAGCAACCGUUAUGUCUUGUUGAAGAAUGAGCCUGUCCAUCCGUUUGGCCUGGCGGUGUAUGGAGACUACAUCUUCUGGACGGACUGGGUGAGGAGGGCUGUCCUCAGAGCUGACAAAUACACAGGAGGAGACAUGAAAGUGCUGCGAGCCGACAUCCCUCAGCAGCCAAUGGGCAUCAUCGCUGUGGCCAAUGACACCAACAGCUGCGAGUUUUCUCCUUGCCGAACAAAUAACGGAGGUUGCCAAGACCUGUGUCUACCCACAUCUGACGGACGGGUCAACUGCAGUUGCCGCGGAGACAGACAACUUCUGGACGACAACACCUGCUCUUCACUGAACGUGUCCUGUGGAAGCGUGGAUGACUUUGAGUGUGGAAACGGCGACUGUAUCAACUACAGCCUGACCUGUGACGGCAUGGCACACUGCAAGGACAAGUCUGAUGAGAAGCAGUCGUAUUGUGCCAAUCGAAUUUGUAAAAAAGGCUACAGACGCUGCAUGAAUGGUCGCUGUAUCGGUCACCACUUCUGGUGUGAUGGCACAGAUGACUGUGGGGAUCACUCUGACGAACUGCCUUGUAACAUGACCCUGUGUAAACAAGGAGAGUUCCAGUGCAAAGAUGGAACUUGUAUCUCCAAUUACAGCCGCUGCGAUCAGGUGGUCAACUGUGAGGAUGCCAGUGACGAGAUGAACUGCCAACCCACUGACUGUUCCCGUUUCUUCCGACUGGGAGUGAAAGGUGCCUCCUUCCAGAGCUGUGAGAAAACUACCCUGUGUUACCUGUCCUCGUGGGUUUGUGACGGCAACAAUGACUGUGGAGACUUCUCAGAUGAGAGGAACUGCCCAGAUAAAAGGAAACUUAAAUGUCCAGUCAACUUCUUUGCUUGUCCCAGUGGUCGCUGCAUUCCUAUGAGCUGGACCUGUGAUAAGGAACACGACUGUGAGAAUGGAGCUGAUGAGACGCACUGUGACAAAUUUUGCACAUCCACCCAGUUUGAAUGUGCGAACCACCGCUGCAUUUCCAGCCACUGGGUGUGUGACGGCUCUGAUGACUGUGGGGAUGGUUCUGAUGAAGACCAGAAAUGCAAGUCCAAGACAUGUAGUCCUGAGGCUUUCCAGUGUCCAGGCUCCCAUAUGUGUGUGCCUCAGCGAUGGAAGUGUGAUGGAGACAAGGACUGUCCUGACGGAGCUGACGAGAGUGUCAAGGCUGGCUGCAUGUACACCAACAACACUUGUGAUAGCGACAACGAGUUUAUGUGCCAGAACAGACAGUGUAUCCCUAAACACUUUGUGUGCGAUCACGACAUUGACUGUGCCGACGGCUCCGAUGAGUCCCCAGAAUGCGAAUACCCUCCAUGUGGUCCAGAUGAGUUCCGUUGUGCAAACGGCCGCUGCCUCAACCAGAAGAAAUGGGAGUGUGAUGGAGAGUUUGAUUGUCAGGAUCGUUCUGAUGAAGCUCCUAAGAACCCUCGUUGCACCGACUCCGAGAGGACGUGUAAUGAGUCAGCAUUCAUGUGCCGCAAUGGGAAGUGUCUGAACGAGACCCUCCUGUGUGACCGCAACGAUGACUGUGGCGACGGCUCUGAUGAACUCAACUGCUUCAUCAACGAGUGUCUCAACAGUAAACUGAGUGGCUGCUCACAGCUCUGUGACGACCUCAAGAUCGGCUUCAAGUGCAGAUGUCAUCCUGGCUUCCAGCUGAAACGUGACGGGAAGACGUGCGUGGAUAUUGACGAGUGCACCACGACCUACCCCUGUUCUCAGCGCUGCAUCAACACACACGGCAGCUUCCACUGUCUCUGCGUGGACGGCUUUGAACUCAGCCCCAAUGACCCCACCAUCUGCAAGUCCACUUCAGAAGAGGAGCCCUACCUGAUCUUUGCUAACCGAUACUACCUGAGGAAACUCAACCUGGACGGAUCAAACUACACUCUUAUUAAACAGGGUCUGAAUAAUGCAGUGGCACUGGACUUCCACUAUGCAGAAAAUAUGAUCUACUGGACCGACGUGACCACUCAGGGCAGCAUGAUCCGACGUAUGCGUAUGAACGGAAGCAACAUGGAGGUUUUACACCGAACUUCCUUGAGUAACCCAGACGGUUUGGCAGUGGACUGGGUUGGUGGUAAUUUGUACUGGUGUGACAAGGGCCGCGACACCAUCGAGGUGUCGAAACUGAACGGAGCUUAUCGGACAGUGUUGGUGAACAAUGGCCUGAGGGAACCACGCGCUGUGGCCGUGGAUGUACGCUACGGGUACCUGUACUGGUCUGACUGGGGUGACAAUCCCCAUAUUGGGAGAAUUGGCAUGGACGGCACCAACAGAAGUGUCAUCGUCCAGGAUAAGAUCACCUGGCCCAACGGACUAACUCUGGACUUCAUCAAUGACCGUAUAUACUGGGCCGAUGCCAGGGAGGACUACAUUGAAUUUGCUAGCUUGGAUGGCACCAACAGACACACAGUCCUCAGCCACGACAUCCCCCACAUCUUUGCCAUGACACUGUUCGAGGAGUACAUCUACUGGACCGACUGGGAGACCAAGUCCAUCAACAGAGCUCACAAGACUCUGGGAACCAAUAAGACGACCCUGAUCAGCACCUUACAUCGGCCCAUGGACAUCCACAUUUACCAUCCCUACCGCCAGCCUGAGGUGCUCAAUCAUCCAUGUCAGAUAAAUAACGGCGGCUGCAGUAACCUCUGCCUCCUCUCCCCUGGUGGAGGCUACAAAUGCGCCUGUCCCACCAACUUCUAUUUGGCCAGUGAUCAGCGGACCUGCAUGUCCAACUGUACUGCCAGCCAGUUUGUGUGCAAGAACGACAAAUGCAUUCCUUUCUGGUGGAAAUGUGACACAGAGGACGAUUGUGGCGACCGGUCAGAUGAGCCUGCAGACUGCCCGGAGUUCAAGUGUCGUCCAGGCCAGUUUCAGUGUGGGACCGGCAUCUGCACUAACCCCGCCUACAUCUGCGACGGAGACAAUGACUGCCAAGAUAACUCAGAUGAAGCCAACUGCCAUAUCCACGUCUGCCUGCCCAGUCAGUUCAAGUGUUCCCACCCGAGUCGCUGCAUCCCAGGCAUUUUCCGCUGUAACGGCCAGGACAACUGUGGAGAGGGAGAGGACGAAAAAGACUGUCCUGAGGUCACUUGCGCCCCCACCCAGUUCCAGUGCGCCAUCACUAAACGCUGCAUCCCACGAGUGUGGGUGUGUGACCGUGACAAUGACUGUGUGGAUGGAUCAGAUGAACCUGCCAACUGCACUCAGAUGACUUGCGGUGUGGAUGAGUUUCGCUGUAAAGACUCCGGACGCUGCAUCCCCGCUCGUUGGAAGUGUGACGGUGAGGACGACUGCGGCGACGCCUCAGACGAACCUAAAGAGGAGUGCGCUGAGCGGACGUGUGAACCGUACCAGUUCAGAUGUAAAAACAACCGCUGUGUCCCGGGUCGCUGGCAGUGUGACUACGACAACGACUGUGGUGACAACUCAGAUGAAGACAAGUGUGUACCUCGACAAUGUUCAGAAAGCGAGUUUGCUUGCACCAAUGGCCGCUGUAUUGCUGGGCGAUGGAAGUGUGACGGAGACCAUGACUGCGCUGAUGGAUCUGAUGAGCACGGCUGCGAUCUGAAGUGUGACCAGGACCAGUUCCAGUGUAAGAAUGGACACUGUAUCCCGAUCCGCUGGCGGUGCGACGCAGAUGCCGACUGCAUGGACGGCAGCGAUGAGGAGAACUGUGGCAGUGCUGCCGGCCGUCACUGCCCUAUCGAUGAGUUCCAGUGCAACAACACUUUAUGCAAACCGCACGCCUGGAAGUGUGAUGGAGAGGACGACUGUGGGGACAACUCUGAUGAGAAUCCUGAGGAGUGCAGGAAGUUUCAGUGUCCUCCAACUAGGGCUUUCCGCUGCCAAAACGACCGUGUGUGUCUGCAGGUGUCAAAGAGGUGCGACGGCGUCAACCACUGCGGCGACAACUCAGAUGAGCUCAAUUGCCCCGUCCCUCCAGCUGUUCCCACCUGUGAGAAGGAUGAGUUCCUGUGUGCCAACGGCAGGUGUAUCAGCUCCACUCUGCGCUGUAACUUCUUUAAUGACUGUGAGGAUUACGGCUCUGAUGAGAUCAACUGCAAGACAGACACAAAGCUGAAUGACUGUAGGAGUAACAGGACUCAGUGUGGGGAUGGAGACGAGGCCCACUGUGUUAUCAAUGGUACAGACUCCUUCUGCUCCUGUAAACCAGGGUUCCAGAAGACUGCUCAUCACACAUGUAGAGAUAAGAACGAGUGUCUGCAGUUUGGAGUGUGUUCUCACAUCUGCAACAACACCAAAGGUUCCCAUAAAUGCAGCUGCCACAAGUACUUCACCAGGAUCAAUGACACCUGCAAAGCUGACAACAUGAACAGCAGUCGACAGAUUCUCUACAUAGCAGACGAUAAUGAAAUCCGCAGCCUGGACCCCGGCAUGCCUAACUGGCGCUAUGAGCAGACCUUCCAGGGCGACGCCAGCGUGCGUAUUGAUGCGAUGGACCUGCACAUCAAGACCAACCGCAUCUUCUGGACCAACUGGCACACUGGACGUAUCUCCUCCUAUGAGCUUCCAGGACCGCCCACGUCAUCCUCCAACUCUCAGCGUAACAGACGGCAGAGCGAAGGCAGGAUUACAAACUUACAGAUCAAAGAACUGAAGAUGCCUCGUGGUAUCGCUGUGGACUGGGUGGCUGGUAAUCUGUACUGGACCGACUCUGGCCGAGAUGUCAUUGAAGUGGCUCAGAUGUCAGGCCAGAACUGCAAGACCCUCAUCUCUGGCAUGAUAGAUGAGCCAUACGCCAUUGUAGUGGAUCCACAGAGGGGUACCAUGUAUUGGGCAGACUGGGGAAACCACCCCAAAAUUGAGACCGCUGCCAUGGACGGUACUCUGAGACAAACACUGAUUCAUGACAACAUCCAGUGGCCCACAGGUUUGGCUGUGGAUUACUUCAAUGAGCGUCUUUACUGGGCCGAUGCUAAACUCUCAGUCAUUGGUAGCGUUCGUCUGGACGGCUCUGAUCCUGUUAUUGCCGUGUCUGGCAUCAAAAACAACUUGCUCCAUCCUUUCAGCAUUGAUAUAUUUGAGGACUACAUAUACGGGGUCACGUACAUCAAUAACUUUGUCUUCCGGGUCAACAAGUUUGGCAAAGGCCCCAUGGAGAAUCUCACCACCGGCAUCAACCACGCUACCGACAUAGUCCUGUACCACCGCUACAAGCAGCCAGAGAUGACCAACCCCUGUGACAGGAAGAAGUGUGGCUGGCUGUGUCUGCUCAGUCCCAGUGGACCGGUGUGUACCUGUCCUAAUAACUAUGUGGCCAACAAUGGCACAUGUGUGGAGAGACCCAGUCCCACCCAGUCGCCAUUCUCUCCUCCCUCAGGUACCUGUGACAUUCAGUGUCAGAACGGUGGCAGCUGCUUCCUCAACGCCCGUCAAGUGGCCAAGUGUCGCUGCCAGCCCAGUUACACUGGUGAGAGAUGUGAAAUCAACCAGUGCAGGGACUACUGCAAGAACGGAGGCACUUGUACUGCGUCUCACACAGGCGCUCCAACCUGCAGAUGCCAGAAGGGUUUCACAGGCCCGACCUGCAGCCGUCACACCUGUCAGGACUACUGUCUCAACGGAGGGAACUGUUCAGUCAACAUGGGUAACCAGCCAACCUGCAGCUGCCCGCCAGAUUACCAGGGAGACCAGUGCCAGUACAUUAAAUGUGAAGGGUACUGUCAGAACAGUGGAACUUGCCUGCAAACUUCCAACGGCACAAAACUGUGUCGCUGCUCCAGUCAGUACAUUGGACACCAGUGUGAGCUGGACAAAUGUCUGUUCUGUGGAACUGGGAAAUGUUUGACAUCCCCCUCAGGAGAGGUUUCCUGCAGCUGUCCCAAUGGUCAGAUCCAGCCCAGCUGCUACUCCUGUUUGGACUACUGUGCAAAUGGACAGUGUUCAGUCGACGCUCGCACACUUCUGCCUCAGUGCAGGUGUCCUGUAGGAUGGAAGGGAUAUAGAUGUGAAGUUAUAGCCGCUCCUGUAGAUUCUUCUCCUUCUAGUGGAAGUACUACCUCCAUCGUCAUCCCAGUGCUCCUUCUGCUAGUACUGGCAAUGCUGGUUGUUGGUGCCAUCUUGUGGUACAAACGGAGAAUGCGAGGGUCUCUAUGGCCGGGCAAAUCUCGUUCUCAGUGCUCGCGUGCAAAGGGCUUCCAGCACCACAGAAUGACCAACGGAGCCAUGAAUGUUGAGAUUGGGAACCCUGCUUAUAAAAUCUACGAGGGAGACCCUGAUGAUGAUGCAGGGGAGCUCCUGGAUUCAGACUUUGCUUUGGACCCAGACAAGCCCACCAACUUCACCAACCCGGUGUAUGCCACCCUGUACAUGGGAGCCCACAACAGCCGCAACUCUCUGGCCAGCACAGAUGAAAAGAAGGAGCUUCUCUCCCAAGGCGACGAGGACAUGAGUGACCCGCUAGCAUAG